UGGCGGGAGCGGGAAGGUGAUUCAGAUAGUCGCUCCGCUGUUCUAGUGAGGAAAGUGCAGUCGGGCCACAGAUCCAGUCCCUGCAGGUUCUGAGUUCCUGUUCUGGAGCCUCUGGAUCCCACCCCUUCACCGUCUGCCAACUUCGCGAUCCCGCCGGCGCCGACUCUAACCCCUCAGCACCUCAGCCACUAGCCGUGAUGCAUGUGAUCAAGAGAGAUGGCCGCCAAGAGCGGGUCAUGUUUGACAAAAUCACGUCUCGAAUCCAGAAGCUUUGCUAUGGACUCAAUAUGGACUUUGUUGAUCCUGCUCAGAUCACCAUGAAAGUAAUCCAGGGCUUAUACAGUGGGGUUACCACUGUGGAACUAGACACUUUGGCUGCUGAAACAGCUGCGACCUUGACUACUAAGCACCCUGACUAUGCCAUCCUGGCAGCAAGGAUUGCUGUCUCUAACUUGCACAAAGAAACAAAGAAAGUGUUCAGUGAUGUGAUGGAAGACCUCUCCAACUAUAUUAAUCCUCAUAACGGCAGACACUCGCCCAUGGUGGCCAAGUCGACAUUGGAUAUUGUUUUGGCCAAUAAAGAUCGCCUGAAUUCUGCCAUUAUUUAUGACCGAGACUUCUCUUAUAACUACUUUGGCUUUAAGACACUGGAGCGGUCCUAUUUGUUGAAGAUCAAUGGAAAAGUGGCUGAACGACCACAACAUAUGUUGAUGAGGGUAUCUGUGGGGAUCCACAAAGAAGACAUUGAUGCUGCUAUUGAAACAUACAACUUACUCUCUGAGAAGUGGUUUACUCAUGCCUCUCCCACUCUUUUCAAUGCUGGCACCAACCGCCCUCAACUUUCUAGCUGUUUUCUUCUGAGUAUGAAAGAUGACAGCAUUGAAGGCAUUUAUGACACCCUAAAGCAGUGUGCACUGAUUUCCAAGUCUGCGGGGGGAAUUGGUGUUGCUGUGAGUUGUAUUCGAGCUACUGGGAGCUACAUUGCUGGGACUAAUGGCAAUUCCAAUGGCCUUGUACCGAUGCUGAGAGUGUAUAACAACACAGCACGAUAUGUGGAUCAAGGUGGGAAUAAGCGACCUGGAGCAUUUGCUAUUUACCUGGAGCCUUGGCAUUUGGACAUCUUUGAAUUCCUCGAUUUAAAGAAGAACACAGGAAAGGAAGAACAGCGUGCUAGGGACCUUUUCUUUGCCCUUUGGAUUCCAGAUCUAUUCAUGAAGCGAGUGGAAACUAAUCAGGACUGGUCUUUGAUGUGUCCAAAUGAGUGUCCUGGUCUGGAUGAUGUUUGGGGAGAGGAAUUUGAGAAGCUAUAUGAAAGUUAUGAGAAACAGGGUCGUGUCCGCAAAGUUGUGAAAGCUCAGCAGCUUUGGUAUGCCAUCAUUGAGUCUCAGACAGAGACAGGUACCCCGUACAUGCUCUACAAAGAUUCCUGUAAUCGGAAGAGCAACCAGCAGAACCUGGGGACGAUCAAAUGUAGCAACCUGUGCACAGAAAUAGUAGAAUAUACCAGCAAAGAUGAGGUUGCAGUUUGUAACUUGGCUUCCUUGGCCCUGAAUAUGUAUGUCACAUCAGAACACACGUAUGACUUUAAGAAGUUGGCUGAAGUUACCAAAGUUAUUGUCCGUAACUUGAAUAAAAUUAUUGAUAUAAAUUACUACCCUAUCCCAGAGGCAUACUUAUCAAAUAAACGCCAUCGCCCCAUUGGAAUUGGGGUACAAGGUCUGGCAGAUGCUUUUAUCUUGAUGAGGUAUCCUUUUGAGAGUCCGGAGGCUCAGUUAUUGAAUAAGCAGAUCUUUGAAACCAUUUAUUAUGGAGCUCUGGAAGCCAGCUGUGACCUGGCCAAGGAGCAUGGUCCAUAUGAAACCUAUGAGGGUUCUCCAGUCAGCAAGGGAAUCCUUCAGUAUGAUAUGUGGAACGUUACUCCCACAGACCUAUGGGACUGGAAUUUUCUCAAGGAGAAGAUUGCAAAGUAUGGUAUAAGAAACAGUUUACUUAUUGCCCCGAUGCCUACUGCUUCAACUGCUCAGAUCUUGGGCAAUAAUGAGUCUAUUGAACCUUAUACCAGCAACAUCUAUACUCGCAGAGUCUUGUCAGGAGAAUUUCAGAUUGUGAAUCCUCACUUGCUGAAAGAUCUUACUGAGAGAGGCUUUUGGAAUGAAGAGAUGAAAAACCAGAUUAUUGCAUGCAAUGGCUCUAUCCAGAGCAUACCUGAAAUUCCUGAUGACCUGAAACAACUUUAUAAGACGGUGUGGGAAAUCUCUCAGAAAACCAUUCUCAAGAUGGCGGCUGAGAGAGGGGCUUUCAUUGACCAAAGCCAGUCUUUGAACAUUCAUAUUGCUGAGCCUAACUAUGGCAAACUCACUAGUAUGCACUUCUACGGCUGGAAGCAGGGUUUGAAGACUGGGAUGUAUUAUUUAAGGACAAGACCAGCGGCUAAUCCUAUCCAGUUCACUUUGAAUAAAGAGAAGCUGAAAGACAAGGAAAAGGCAUCUAAGGAGGAAGAAGAGAAGGAAAGGAACACAGCAGCCAUGGUGUGCUCUUUGGAGAACAGAGAUGAGUGUCUGAUGUGUGGAUCCUGAGAAGAAAGGUUUAGAAGAGAAGACCAGCACUUCUUAACAGCCAGACUACUUGAGCAUAGAUAGGUAUAGUGAGUUUGCUUGAAGGUAAGGCUUUGCUGGACCUUAUUGCAGAAAAAGGAUCAAUUGAUUUAAAGUACUGUUUCUAUGUAGUAUGGAAAUAAUGGUUUUUUAAAAUGUUUAGCAGAGCAAAGGAAGUCAUCUUGCAAUUAAGGAGUGAUUCAGUAGGGGUCCGUCACCCCUCUGGCACCCUUUUCUCAUGACCUCAAUUUUGGUAAAGAGACUUAGUUUUGCUGCUUUGACUGGUGGGUCCCUCAAAACAAAGCUGAAUGAAGACCCAUGAGAAAUGCUGGCAGGGUUGUCUCCUGAUUCAUAUGAGUAACCUGCCCAGGGCCAUGCAGGAAAGGUAUGUGAAAGUUUGGAUCUUAUUAGAUUUGUGCUUUUAUAUUUUUGUUUUCUUCUGACUUGCUCCCGGACCUUUAUCUGAACACGCUCCUAAAGGUCAUUCUGAAAUAAAGAUCAAUGUUUCUAAGUGA